UUGGGGCAAUGGGCUCAGGGACUCGGUCCUCACCACCGCCGCCAUCACCGCUGCUGCUGUCCCUGCUGCCGCUGCUGCUGCUGCUGUCCCCGACCGUGCGGGGUGACUGUGGCCCACCUCCAGAAAUACCUAAUGCCAAGCCAGAGGUGGAUGGAAAAACCAGUUUUCCCCAGCAAAGUUUUGUGGUAUAUUCAUGUAAUAAAGACUAUCAAAAAAUUCCAAACAAGCAAGACACAGUGUUCUGUCUUGAAAAUGAUCAGUGGUCGAGCCCGGACACAUUCUGUAAUAAAAGCUGUAAUGCUCCAACAAGAGUGACUUUUGCAUCCCUCAAAAUGGAUUAUAUCAAUUUGAAUUAUUUCCCAAUUGGUAGCAUUGUGGAAUAUGAGUGUCGGCCAGGAUAUCGAAGAGUAACUUCACUGUCAGGCAAUUCAACUUGUCUUGAUAAUUUAAAAUGGUCCACAGUUGCUGAAUUUUGUAAAAAAAGAUCAUGUCCUAAUCCUGGAGAACUGCAAAAUGGUAAUAUCGACAUAACAACGGACAUAUUAUUUGGUUCAGAAAUAUUCUUCUCAUGCAACACAGGGUACAAGCUAAUUGGUGUAGACUCUACCUUCUGUUACUCUACGGGAAGUACUGUCGAAUGGAGUGACCCAUUCCCAGUAUGCGCAGAAAUUCAUUGUCCAGAUCCACCAUCAAUUAAAAAUGGAGAAAUGCGAGGACAAAGUGAGAUUUACUUAUAUAGACAUUCUGUCACCUAUACAUGUGCCAAAGGCUUCGUCCUGGUUGGAAACAGUUCCAUUUAUUGUACCUUGAAUGGUGAUCAAGGAGAAUGGAGUGGCCCAGCACCCCAGUGCAUAGAGAAAUCCAAGAUCCCAUCAACAACUCUGAAAUCAACAACAGUUAAUGUUCCAACUACAAGAGUUCCAUUAACAUCUGUGAAACCAACCACAGCAACACAGCGUGCACCUGCUACCAAGACAACCACACAUCAUCCAAUAAGAACAACUAAAGAGAAAGAAAGGUCUACCUCAGGUGGUGACCAUCUUAUAUAUGGGCGUACAUGUUUAAUAACCUUGACAGUUUUGCAUGCGAUGAUGCUAUUACUCAUUGGCUAGUUGGCUAAGCCAAAGAAGAGUCAAGAAGAAAAUGUAUACAACCAGAGAGAGUACUUCUAGUUUGUUAGAAUGUCCAGGACGAAUGGAUACAAUAAAUUGAAUAGUGUUCUUUGUUUGGCAUGCUAUCACUGUCUUUAAGCUGUGUUAGGUACGUUAACAAACCAAGAAGAAAGGAGUUUGCUUGGGCUGGUAUUCUUGAUACACAUAAGUAUCUCGAAUUUACUUCAAAACUAGAAAAUUCAUAACACUGAAUGGUUACUUUUCUAAAGGUGUGGAAAAAUGUGGAGUUUUUUCAUGCUUAGAAUGGGAGUUUGGAGAAAGGGAAAUCACUUCUUUUGCUUGAUCUAUCAUAUUAGUCUAGCUUACAAUGAAAACAGAAAGCUAGACAUACUAAUGAUAUCCCAAAAGUAGAAUAAAGACUCUAAACUAAAUCUUCUUUCUUCUAAGCAAAAUUGCCACAGAGGUGGAACAUCUUAGUUUAACCCUUUACCUGAAGGUGUUUUCAUUUGGACUUUCCAUGAAUAUGAGUUGACAAGUUGUUAUGAAGGAAGAGCAUCCUAACAAACCAGCAGUGGGAUAGGGAAUGUAACUCACCUGGAAGAGAACUUGCCUACCGUGCAUAAUUGCCUGAGUUCCCUCCUCAGGGCGCGUCUAUAAUCCCAGUACAGGGGAGGAGAAGGCCAGAGGAUCAUAAAUUCAAGGUCAUUCUUGUUUACCUAGUGAGUUUCAGGCCAGUCUGGGAUACCUGAGAUUCUGUCUCAACAAGCAAACAUCAUCGAUAGAUAGAUGGAUGACAGAUAGAUAGAUACAUAGAUAGAUACAUAGAUAGUUGGAUAGAUGAUAGAUGAUAGAUAGAUAGAUAGAUAGAUAGAUAGAUAGAUAGAUAGAUAGAUAGAUAGAUAGAUAGAUAGAUAGAACAUUGAGCCUUUGGAUGGAUGAUAGAACAUUGAGCCUUUUGACUAAGUUGAUAGCAUAGGAAGAAGGACUGGUUGAAGACUAAUCUCCUUUCAAACGUACAGAUAUGAGUCACUACUUUGAAGAAUAAGCUGCAGUUUUGUUCUCAGGGAAAUCCUUUCUUGCUUUGUUUUCUCCUGUGAAAAAGCCUUAGGAAGGUGUCCUCACUGACUGGUCAUUCAUAGUGUCCAGAGCUGUCAUAACCUCUACAUGAAAAGAUUCUGUACUUCUGCAGUGAUAUGUUCAUAGCCAAAUUGUAAAUCUUAUUCUUUUGUAAUAUUAAGAUAAAUCUUAUUUAUACUUAUUUAUAUUAGUGAACAUCUUGGUUUUAAAUGUAUAUCAAGAUAUGUAAUAAAAAAUAUUUUCUUUAAAAUAGAAAUAAAUAAAUAAUCA